GCGUGUUCUGGAGAGACGCCGGACUGCAACAGCCAUGGCAAAUUCUUACCCGUUGUAAAUAGUUAAUUCCAAGUUUACAAUGUUUGGAGUAAAAGUUAACCGUAAGAAAAGUAACUGUGUUUGCGAGCCGUUGACAUAGUAGACAGUUUAUCCGUUUAAACAUGUUUCGUCAGGCUGUUAAGAAACUAGAUACCUUGAUACCAGAUGCUGGAAAACAACUUGUGAUGACAGCAAUGUCCACAAUUAAAUGUGUGGUAGUUGGAGAUGGAGCCGUGGUAACCUGCCUUUUGGUUUCUUUUACGAACAAAUUCCCAUCAGAACCAACAGUGUUUGAUAACCAAGCUGCGACUGUAACGUUUGAUGGUGAACCAUACACCAUUAGAUUAUUUGAUGCUGCGGGUCAGGAUCAAUUACGACCCUUAUACUAUCCCCAAACAGACGUCUUUCUAGUUUGUUUCUCUGUAGUUUCUCUGUCCUCUUUUGAAAAUGUAAAAGAAAAGUGGGUGCCUGAGAUAACUUAUCACUCUCCGAAAACCCCCUUUCUGCUGGUUGGGACUCAAAUCGACCUUCGAGAUGAUCCUGUAACUAUUGCAAGGCGCAAAAACAAACAAAAGCCAAUCAAACCAGAGACAGCUGAAAAACUAGCCAGAGACUUAAAGGCAGUCAACUAUGUUGAAUGCUCUGCUCUAACGCAGAAAGGACUCAAGAACGUGUUUGACGAGGCGAUAUUAGCAGCUCUGGAGCCCCCGGGAUCCCAGAAGACAUGCGGAUGUGUGCUUUUAUGAACUGGACAAAUCUGGGUGUAAACCAAUAGGAUUGUUUUAUUUUUGUACAGGUUUUUAAUCAGGAAAGUAACAGUAGCUUUUACUUGACAGGUGCUUUCCACAUCAUUUACCUCGGUACUCAUAUCACAUAGUCAGAUGAUAUGUGUGCAAAUUUUGCCUUUAAGACUUUAACGAUGCUUCACAACGAAGAUAUUCAGCUAUGGUAGGGUAGAGUGGGGUAAGAUGUGCCAGUUCUUAUUUGUCUAACAAUGAAGGAGAUUUUGAAGUAAAUACUUUCGUUUGUGUGCCAAUGUCUGUCAAAAGCUUAAUUUAGAAGACUUUACAGAGCCAUAUGAGUGUCUCGUCUCACAUGCUGUUUUAUGUCAAGUUGAAUCACCAGAGUAUAUGAGAGACUUGUAUUUUGAAUAAAAGGAUGAAAAAUAUUUAUACAGAAACUGUAUAAGUGAUGUGGUUAUAUGGUUAUAGAUGUGGUUAUAUGUACAAAGUAUAUACCAAAUGACUUUUUACACUAGGUGGAAAAAAUAUUUUUUUUCUUAUGUUAUUUCUCUAACGUCAGAUGUAUAAGAUCAGCCCUUUCCACUGCUACAUUUUAACUCACUCCCCUAAUACUUCAGUUUUAAGCAAUCCUUUCAAAGAGAAGCAGUUAUAUGCAGUUGAUGAGAUAAAUUCAUGUUAGGGGAACAUGUCUGAAACGCCCUUCUUUUUAAAGCUUUAACGACUGGGAUAGCUCAAUCAAAAAAGUUAAUUACAAGCCCACAUCUCAUUUCAAACCUGCAAGACCUUCGUUAACCUUUGGAACAAAAAUGAAGGCGUUUUUGAUGAAAUCUGAGAGCAUUUGACAGUCUACAGACAGCAGCGCAACUGACUGUUCAAGGCACAGAAAGGUAGUAAGGACAUCAUUAAAACAGUCCAUCAGUUACAUCAUGGAUGGGUCGACCUUAAUGAUAUGAAGCUAUGAGAAUACAUUUUCUGUGCAAAGCACAAGAGCACCAUGAAAAUGGUGCAACAACAUUCGAGAAAUAAGUCAUCGAUGAAUAAGAGGAGGUCCAAGAGGCCUUUUGAAAAAUAAACCAUUUAAAACUUGAUUUAUACAUAGUUAAAAAAAUAAAUACAAAAGAUCAUGAGUUCAAUAAAGAAAAACACUGAUAUAUUAACUUUCCUAAUAAGACUUUUAAGUUUGGGGUUAUAUAAUAGCGUUUCCAGGGCUGCCAACUCUCAUGCUCUCACACCACGCAUCCAUUUUGUCAUGCAAAAAAAAUGUCCCUGGCAAAUCCAAUAUUUAUUUUCUGCUGUGUUUGUUGUUGGAGUGAUAAAAACUCCAGACAGCGCUCGUGAAUGUCAAAAUGAUUUAGAUGGCCAAUCAAAUGAAAGAUGGGCGGGGCUUUACUGUUUCAGCAUCACACACAUUUAACUCUGUACCAGACCCGAACCACCCCCACAUUAAAUCUAGCUGGUCGGCAAAAUUAUUUGAC